AGUUGGGGGAACCGGCUGCACACGUUGUACUCGGGGCUAUUCUUAUUCUGAGGAGUGAAAUGGACGAUCCGGUGGACGCGUACACGACCCGUUUUCAGAAACAGGAAAGAGAAAUAAAGUCUCUCUCGGAGGAAAUCGAGAAGCUGAAGAAUCCCGAGAACCUGGGCAUCUCGUCGCAGCUGGCAGAGCUGAGGGAGGAAAACGCGAGGCUGAAGUACCGCCUGAACAUCCUGAAGCGAAGCCUGCAGGAUGAGAACAAGAAGUGCGUCAAGAACACGAAAAAUAUCAGCCAACAUCUGAAGCAGAGCAACCAGUUCAACAAGAAUAUGCUGAACAUCAACCAGCAUCUGCAGAAGCUCUUCGGAGAUGCCAUCCGGAUGGCAUUUCCUGACCUUCAGAACCCCCCUCUGUCUGUGGCUCCCAGCCAGCAGGGCAGAUUUGGUGACUACCAGUGCAACAGUGCCAUGGCGAUGGCCCAGAUGAUGAAGGCAAACGGGCAGAAAGUCAGCCCCAGAGAGAUCGCAGAGAAGAUUGUUGAGAACAUUCCAUUCAAUGAUUUGAUUGAGAAGGCAGAAAUUGCUGGACCAGGGUUUAUCAACAUUCACCUGAAGAAGGCCUUUGUGUCGAAAUUGUUGACAACGGUGCUUGUCAAUGGUGUUCAGCCUCCACCGUUAGAAAUGAAGAAAAAGGUGAUCGUAGACUUCUCGUCCCCCAACAUUGCCAAAGAAAUGCAUGUGGGUCACCUUCGCUCCACCAUCAUUGGAGACAGCAUGUGUAGACUCUUUGAAUUCCUGGGAUAUGACGUGCUGAGGCUCAACCAUGUGGGAGACUGGGGGACCCAAUUUGGGAUGCUCAUUGCCCACCUGCAGGACAAGUUCCCCAAUUAUCUGACAGUGUCUCCUCCCAUUGGGGAUCUGCAGGCCUUCUACAAGGAGUCCAAGAAACGGUUUGACAGUGAGGAGGAUUUCAAGAAGAGGGCCUAUCAGUGUGUGGUGAAACUGCAGAGCAAGGAACCAGAGUUCAUUAAGGCCUGGAAGCUCAUCUGUGACGUGUCUAGGAACGAAUUCCAGAAGGUGUACGAUGCUUUGGACAUUGAGAUAAUUGAACGAGGGGAGUCUCACUACCAGGAUAUGAUGACAGAUGUUGUGAAGGAAUUUGAAGAGAAAGGACUCGUGCAGCUCGACGAGGGACGUAAAAUAGUUUUUCCGCCAGGGCAUUCCAUCCCCCUGACAGUGGUGAAGUCAGAUGGCGGGUACACAUACGACACGUCGGACUUAGCCGCUCUGAAGCAGAGGCUUUUUGAAGAAAAGGCGGACAUCAUGAUUUAUGUGACAGACAGCGGCCAGAGCGGACACUUCCAGCUCAUCUUUGCAGCUGGCCAGAUGAUUGGCUGGUACAACCCUGCAGAGACCCGGGUGGAGCAUGCUGGCUUUGGAGUAGUUCUUGGCGAGGACAAGAAAAAGUUCAAGACCCGUUCAGGUGACACUGUGAGGCUGGUGGACCUUCUGGAGGAAGGUCUGAAGAGAUCCAUGGACAAGCUGAUUGAGAAGGAGAGGGACAAGUUCUUGACAGCUGAAGAGCUCACGAAAGCUCAGCGGUCAGUGGCCUUCGGCUGCAUCAAGUACGCCGACCUGUCUCACAACCGCAUCAACGACUAUGUCUUCUCCUUUGAUAAGAUGCUGGAUGACAGGGGCAACACCGCAGCAUACCUGCUGUACGCUUUUACCCGUAUCAGAUCCAUUGCCCGCCUGGCCAACAUCGAAGAAGCAACCCUACGUGAGGCGGCCCAGAGCACUGAGGUGCUGCUAGACCAUGAGAAGGAGUGGAAGCUGGGAAAGUGCAUUUUGCGCUUCCCGGAGAUCCUGCAAAAGAUCCUGGAUGAUCUGCUGCUGCACACGCUGUGCGACUACCUAUACGAGCUGGCUACCACCUUCACAGAGUUCUACGACAGCUGCUACUGUGUAGAGAAGGACCGGCAGACAGGAGAAGUUGUCAAGGUCAACAUGUGGAGGCUGUUGCUGUGUGAAGCGACGGCAGCCAUCAUGGCCAAAGGUUUCGACAUACUGGGCAUUACACCCGUCCAGAAGAUGUGAGCGUACAGAUGCCUUUUAUCCUCCCUGUGCUGCUCCCUCCCACUGCCACUCUUUGUAAUUUACCGUUAAUCAAAUAAAAGGGGAAUUUGACCAUAAGAGUGUGGCUCUGACAUUCUCAUUCCCGUGUAAAUGUCUCAGGUUGGUUUGGAACUGUGAGAUACUGGGGAAAAUGCUCCCUGUGUCUCCUUUUUACAUGUCAGACUUCAUGGUUCAUGCUUGGGGCUUAGCUGA